GUUGUCAUUGUAAUGGAGAUUAAUUACAUUUUGCUUAACGUUUUAAUUAGAAACACGUUGUUAGAACUUUCUUCCCAUUCUCCUUGCUUUCCCCGGCCGGCGCCUGAACUGUUCAUUACCUCAUCCGGCUCCGGUACCUUCCUUCAAGGCGAAACAGAAUCACGCGCACAUAGGCGUUACACUUUUCUCCUCCCUGUUAUUCUUCUCGUAUCACUCACGCUGAAAUGGAAGGUCUGAAGAAGCUAGAACAAGUACAGAGGACGAUACGCGUGCUUCAAUCAAUUGGCAUUAUUAACCCUUCCAACAAAAACGCCGAUUCCGAUCGCUUCCUCGCAAAUUUCACCCUCCUUUUGGUUCAACAUUGCGGUAAGCUUGACAUUACCACUAAGUGCCAAUUGAUUGCUGAACAUAUUGCGAAGAUUUCAACUGCUUAUCUCACGGGAGCAUUGCAAUGUGAUAGUGGGGAAGUUGGAAACCAGAUUGAAAGUGCUGUAUCACUACAUUGUUACCAUGAAGCAGAUCCUGAUCUAGUGCAAAGUAUCUCUGAUGAGGUGGCAAUGGUGCGGUUGGAUGCAAUGCUAAGAGCAAGUUCAACCCUAGAAGAUUUUUGCAGGUCAUAUUUUAUGUUCCACAAAUUGGACGCGUACCAGCCACAGUCAAUUUUCAGAUAUUUACCAAUGCUUUCAUUCACUGAAAGUUAUAUUUAUCAGUUGGAUGGUUUAAAUGAGAAGCUACUGCAGCUGCCUACCGGUGGAGCUACUCUUUUGGAUAGAGAUUAUGAUGAAGAUGAACUAAGCCUGAGUUCUACAUCUGUGAGAAUGUUAAGACAUGAUCCCGUUAAACCUCUUGUAGUCAUACUUGAGUAUCAUGGGCUUCUGACACAAAGGAUUAAAGAAGAACUUAGGAGUGGAGUGGAAUACUGGGCUCUGGAAAGAAAGCUAUGUUGUGCACUGAUGAGUGAUAAUGAGAUAUCGAUUGAGGAUGCAAUAAGGGCUAUUCAUCUGAAAUCUUUUGACUAUCGCGUGCUUAACCUUCUAUUGUAUCACAUGAGAGGCGAAAAGGUAAAUGAAUUGCAUAUGGAAUUUCUAUCACUUUCAGAGUUGCUCGUUGAAGUAUCAGACGACCUAUUUGAUUACGAGGAUGACAUUUUGAACAAUAAUUUCAACAUUCUGCGCAUGUUUGUCAGAUUCUAUGGUGCUUCUGCAGCACCAGCCAUGCUGGCAAAAUUUAUAACUGAGGCAGAAGAAAAGUACGAUCAGUUAUUGAAAAAAUUAGGUCCAGAACUGUCCCUGAAGUAUCAGAAAAGAUGUGAAGAAGCUACCAAAGAAGGUGGAAAGACGAGUGGUUCUCCGCUUGGAACAUGGCAGUUACCGAUGGUGGUCGAAGACGAGGCCAAAUAUCGGACUGAAUGCUCGACUUCUAAGUCGUAAGUUGUUGAGAAUUGGACUGAUCGUGUUCAAACUCCCAGCUGUUGAUUCAUCGUGAUGGUUAUUAGGUUGGGAUUUUGCAAUAUGGAUGCAAUCUUUGUUUCAUUAACUCAGAGAUGGUCAAAUAAUAUUUUUCCUGUUACCCACAUCGAAACCAUGAACUGUCAAGCAAGUUGUUAUGGGACUGAAGAACACGAUAAUUGACUUUUGGAAAAUCUGCAAAGAUCUGUUCAUUUUUUCUCUCUUUCA